AUGUCUUCGACUUUCACCUUAUACCCGACUGGCCCCGAUACCACCGCAUCCCGCCCGGACCUGCCUGAGCAACCCCGCAACAUCCCACCACAGGACCCUCAAUUCCUCAACCCCUUCUCGCCUCAACCCGGCAGCAGCUCGGCCUCGCCUGCGUGGGACACACAGACGCCCGCGGAGUCGGUGUCCGCUCUGAGCAUCCACUACCAGUCCAGCGAGUUCUCCGAGGUAGACGACCCCUUCUUUGGCAUCGACUUUAACACCGUUGAAGGCGCAUCCCCGUCCUUCUUGGAUGAGAAUAAUCUUGCGUUUAGCGGAAACGAACUACUCGCGGACAACCCUGGCGUCCAAGUUCCGCCCCCUACCACACAGCAUGUGCACCAGCCAGCACCUUGCCUGCCGCUGACCCCGGAGAAGAGCCCCUCGUUGCCAGGCGGAUCCCCUAACGGACAGACAAGAGAAGACGCGUCAACAAGGGGUGUAUUUCCAGGCUUUGCCCGGGUUUCAAUUGCGCCCAAGGACUUGUCGCUCUCCCCCGACCCAUCUUCGGCGCCGAUUGCCAAGCACCCGUUUUCUCAGCUGACGCCGAGGACCAGUAACGACAGCGCUGAAUCCAGCGACGACGGUCUCGCCCCGGUUGCCGCCAUGCGAAGCCCCCGAGUUACAAUCUCCCACUGGGAUAGUGACAAUGUCGGUAGAUCUCCCGCGUUCCAUGCCCAGGACGCCCAGAGUCACAGUGGUCAAGGCUUAACGGCGGCUCGUGACGGCACCGGUCGUUGGAUUCCAGAUCAAGUUACCGGGCAGGGUGGUCUCGAUCCAUCUGCUCGUCCCCACGCCGAAGUCGAUAGCAUCAACGACUUGGCAGCGCAGCGAGGGGUCGAGGAGCGGAACCAGGGUGUCAGUGAGUGGCUGGAGAGAUCGGCACCCUUGGCAGAGCCCACUCGCCAGCUUCACCAGCAGCCCGCAGAAGUGCCGAAUGAUGGAGAUGACAACAUCCCCGCGCGAGAGAUUGCCCUGGGAAACAUGACCGAAAACAAACCCGUUCCUGGCCAGACAUACUACGUUGAGACGGGCGGUCCGCUCACCCGCGAAGACCUGGAGCUUAUGCGCCGGGGCCGCAAUUGGGACGACGCUCCCCUUGCCUUUUCAAUCUCGCAGCCGGACUCUGCAGCCUAUCAGCCUCAAACCUCUCAAGCCGCCAUAGAGCGGUACCAGCGGAUGUGCCGGGACAAUGAUUCGAUUGUGUCGAGGACGGCAACCUGGGGAACCCGGCGGUUCAGCAUGCCCAGCAUGGUUGACACUGAUGUCCAAGUCGCCGGCAACCUCCUCAAGAAGCUCUCUCUCAACCGGGGAGAGGGCCGGCGGCCAAGCAUUCUGGAAGGGCUUCGCGGCCUCGCCAGGAAAGCAAGCGUCAAUUCGAGCAAGCGCAAUCGCGUUGAACCGGACGAUGCUAGCUCCUUGAAGACGGAAUCUUCUAUGGAGCGGAAGGAGAACCAGGCCAAGCUCGCACCCCCUAGCCCCAAGCCCGGAUGGUCCAGGAAACAGAGCGUUCCAAGCAUCAACACCGCAUUCGUGGAUGUUGGAAAUAAGGUGGCGUCUAUUGGCGUUACCCACGCCCGAACCGGUUCCGUCAGUGCGACACCCAUCACCUCGCCUCGCAGCCCGAGUGGCCUGGGAUUGACCGUCAAGAAGCCCUUGAAUCGUCUUCGGAGCAAGUCCGAGACCUCCGGCAUUAUUGGCCUGUGGAAGAAGGCUGGCGGCCCGCCCGUGUCGAACUUGGGAAACACCAAAGUGAAUGCGGCCGAGGCUGAUGACGACGAGGAUGAGGACGAUGAUCUAUACGAGGAUGGAGACAUGAAAUCCGAGGCGGCGACGAAGUUCAUCGACGACAUCACGCCAAAUUUUGCUGGCUUCCAGCAGCACGUCCUCAAGCUAAACCCUUUCCUGAGCACGACCAACAAUUACCUGGUCGACCGCAUUGCCUACCAGCAAUGCGCCCGCUACAAGGCCCUCCUCAACCUCAGGGUGAAACAUCUGCAGGCAGUUGCCGCCAGAAACUGCUCUUGUGGCUCUACGUGUAUUGCGCUGGGCGGCAGCGCCAACGUCCUGGAUUCGAAAGGUGAUCAGCGGGGGCUCGAUCCGCUCUCCGGAUCGGAUGGAGACAUCACUCCGCUGGAAGGGGCCAUCAACCACGACAGUUUCCCUCAGGAUAUCCCAAUGCCACCGACAAGUUCAUUGCCAGCCGAGUUCGAGUGCCAACUGUGCUUUGUAGCGAAGAAGUUCCAGAAGCCGUCGGAUUGGACCAAGCACGUGCAUGAGGACGUCCAACCGUUCACCUGCACCUGGGAGCGCUGCAAGGAGCCCAAGAUGUUCAAGAGGAAAGCUGACUGGGUCCGCCACGAAAACGAAGGGCACCGUCACCUAGAAUGGUGGACCUGCGAUGUCGACGACUGCCGGCACAAGUGUUACCGCCGUGACAAUUUCCUCCAGCACCUCGUCCGCGAGCACAAGUUCAUCGAACCCAAGGUCAAGACGAAAGCUGCCAUCAAGCGCGCAGGAGCUGUUGACCCGACCUGGGCGAAGGUAGAGCAGUGCCACCAGGAAACUGCCGAGUUGCCUCAGAAUGAGCCCUGCCGGUUCUGUGGCAAGACCUUCCCGUCGUGGAAGAAGCUGACUGUCCACCUUGCGAAGCACAUGGAGCACAUCAGCCUGCCCGUCCUCAAACUGGUAGCCAAGAAGGAACUCGACGAGGACACCAUCAUCAGCCCUGUCCAGGAGCCUCCUCCACGGUCCUUCCCGACCACUUUCCCGAUGCAGUCUGAGCAACACCCCUUUGGCCCGUCACCGACCGUGCCCCAGGGCCCGAUGGCCCGGCAACCCGGGCCCAUGACCUACCCUCACCAACACCAGCCCCAGCCGCUGGGCAUGUACCCUAUCCCUCCUCCACAGAGCUUUACCACCGGUUUCUAUAGCUCCAACUACGACGACCUCAGCAUGGCUCAAGCCCAAAUCGACAUGCAACAGCCCAUCCCCCACCACCAACACCAACACUACCAGCACCCGCAGCAUCCGCACCAGCACCAACAUCACGCCUUCCAGAGUUUCAACCCUCAAGCCACCGCCUUCCCAGCCCUGCCCGCCACCUCAGCAGCAGCGACUACCGCGUACAUGCCCGCGCCGCUACAGGCGAGUCCCGUGACGAGUCCGUACUUGACCAUGGCGCAGGAUAUCGAGCCCUUCCCUGCUCUCAGCAUGGAUGCGCUGGGACUGGGGCUGCAGGAUCCGGUUCCCAGUGCUCCUAGUGGUCCGCAGGCAGCAGGCGCGGCACAGAUGGGGUAUCUUGUCGGGCAGGACAACAGGCCGUUUACGCCGCAGGGGUCGGUAUCGCCUUAUGGGCACUCGCCGAAUAUGUCGUCGGCGGCGGGCGGUGGGUUCUAUCACUGA